AGUACGGUGGAAGGCGAGCAUGCUAUGAGCUGAUAGAAGUAUUCUGUGGCCCUGAGUUCAACAAGCAUCUUGAAUCUUUUAGACUGUUCUUUUAAGCAAUGUGGGAUUUCUUUUUCCAUCCAGUCAAGAGAUAAAUAUUUUGCAGAAGAGUUGGUUGGGUUGCAACCCAUUAAGACCAUUGGAUCAUUGGUCACUGGAUCAAAAAGUGUCAUCAUGGUGCGUAAUGUGGAUGACCUGGACUUUUGCCUGUCCUCUCACUCACAGAGCAUAUUGGAGGGCCUGCGUUCUCUCUGUUCCCACCCCAAUCUUGUGGAUGUGACCUUAAGUGCCGGUGGGCGGGACUUCCCCUGCCACCGGGGCAUCUUGGCUGUCUGUAGCCUCUACUUCCACUCCAUGUUCUCAAGUGACUUUGUGGAGAGCAUAGCUACACGGAUAGAGCUUCAUGACGUGGAUCCUGAUGUGCUUGCUGCCCUAUUGGACUUUGCUUACACUGGGAAACUGACCAUUAAUCAGGGAAAUGUGGAGGGCCUGAUAUGCACCUCAAGUCAGCUUCAGUUCCAGACUGUGCGGGCCGUCUGCAGUCGAUACCUGCAGAACCAGAUAGAUGCUAGUAACUGCCUCGGCAUACAAGAGUUUGGCGAGAUCCACGGUUGUCCUGAGGUGGUGGCCAAAGCCAAAGCAUAUCUUUUGGAGAACUUUGAGGCAGUGCAGCAGCAUGAGGAGUUUCUUCUGCUGGAAAAGGAUAAGCUAUUUGCUUGUCUGAAGGAUGAAGGUCUGCAGGUGCGGAAUGACUGUGCUCGAGCUGAGGCAGCACUUGCAUGGGUCAGGCAUUGCAGAGACAGUCGCAUCUGCCACCUGCCAGAACUAUUGAGACUGGCCAGACUACCUCUUCUGCCUGAGUCUUACCUUAUGGAAAUCCUGUUGAAAGAUGCUCUAGUUCAGGAUUCCCCAGAAUGCAAAGAACUUCUUGAGGUUGUUUCCAGAGAGAAAAAUAAUAUAAAACCAGGUGAGUCAGCGCAGAGUCCUGUCCAAAAUACCCCUCACAACCUGCAGGAAGUGUUGUUUGUGAUGGGUGGCCUCACACUAGAUGACUCUGAUGAAGAAGAUGAGGAGGAAGAUGGUGAGAGAGAGAUCAGGAUUCAUUCCAGGAAUUGUGCUUUCUACAACACAAAGCUUCGGCAAUGGCAUCAGCUACCUGAUUUUCCCAACUACAAUAAGUGGGGUUAUUCCAUUGUCUCUUUAAACAAUGAUGUGUAUGUUACAGGAGGUUCGAGAGGUUCCCAGUCCAAUACCUGGUCGAACACAGAGACCUGGAAGUAUGUCACUCGUGAAGGGAGAUGGGUUACAGUAGCGCCAAUGUUGAAGCCCAGGACUAACCACUCCUCUGCAGCACUAAAUGGAGAGAUUUAUGCCAUUGGAGGCACUAUUAAGGAUAUUGUAGAAGUAGAACACUACGACCCAUACAGUGACAGCUGGGCUCUGACAGCUCCUGCAGUGAAAUAUGUGACCAACUUCACAGCCACUGCAUGCCUGGGGAAGCUGUAUGUCAUUGGCUCCUGUGCUGUCAAAUAUAAUGCCCUGACUUUGCAGUGCUUCAACCCAGUCAUAGAUAGUUGGAGUAUCAUCUGCUCUCCAUUUAUCCCAAAGUACCUAUCCUCUCCUUGUUCCAUUUCUAUGGAUGGGGUCAUCUAUCUAAUCGCAGACAACACCAAAAAGGUGUAUCUGUAUGACCCAGAUGCUAACAUGUGGCAGAAGGUUCAGUUCCUGCACAAACUCCAUGAGAACGGAGGCUUAGUGGUUCUGGGUGAGCAACUCUAUGUGACUGGGGGCCACUGGAAAGGAAUGGAGGGAGAUUAUAGUGUGGAAGUGGAGGUGUACAACCGAGGAUCCAACUCCUGGAGGGUGGAGUGUUUCCUUCCCAGGCUGUGGUACUAUAGUGGCUGCUGUUCUAUCUUCCUAGACACGUCCCAGUGGCCCGAGCUCUUUCCUGAAGAGACAUAAUGGAAGGCAAUGACAUGAAGCUGGUCAGUUAUACUUUAAGCACAUGGUUGUGAGGGUUAGUCCUAAAAUGUAUUCCAUUACAGUUACACAGAACUUCAUAAAAAAUGUAAUCAGUAACAUAAUCCAAGUAUCACAAUAUGAAUGUAAUGUAAUCUGAUUACUUUUGGAUUACUUCAAGGUCACUUAUUUAAAUAAAGUCAAGAGAAAAGCAAUAUGAUCUAAAAUACUUUUAUUUAGAGCUUAUUUUAGAGCUUAAAAAUAUGUUCAGUGUGUGGAUCUGUUUUAAAAAAUACAUAAAUCAAUUAAUAAAUAAAAGCUCACUGCCCCUGAUGCGGGUAACAUUACAUCCCAAAAGUUAGGGUGACCAUAUUCUGGUUUUCCAAAAAGAGGACACAUAUAUAUGUAUGUAUGUAUGUAUGUAUGUAUGUAUGUAUGUAUGUAAAUAUUCUUACAUACUUUUGAAUGUCCGUGGAAUAAAAUAUCAGAUGCCGUGAGUGUACCUUCUCCCAUCAUUUACACACUUGAAUGGCCAUGUCAUAACAAAGUUAAAAAUGACCUUAUAUGGCCAUGGGCAUUGUUUCGACUCAGGACAGCUGUCAUUUGCUGCUAUUGUCAAGCUGAGAUUAGGCUAAUGGUUGAGAGGCAGGAAUUUGGCCAAUAGUUGCUUUAGAAUCAACCUGUUGGUGUGCAAGAAGGAGGGAAUUACAGAGAGAGGUUAAAGCAAUGUAAAUAUGCACAAACAUGUGCUUAUGGUCUAAUACUGCAUCAUCAUAAUAAAACUAAAGCCAAAUCCCGGAUUUUCUCAAAUUUAGAAAUCCCGUCUGAAUGCUUUUUUUAAGGUCUGAAAAAAAAUGAGGACAUGGCCGGGAAAAAGAGGACACAUGGUCACCCUAACAAAAGCAUAUCGGAGAACAAUUUGUGUUAAUUUCUACCAAAUUAACUUUGCACAAAAUUUAUUUACGCAUACACCAGGAGGUCGACUGGCAAGAGAGAACCAGAACUAUAAUCAUGCAGCUGUCUAUAUUAGUGUUGUGUCAAAAGUUUAAUUUCUUUGCUUUUAAAUGAAAAAAAAAAUUAAUCCUGAUAGUAUUUUUUCAUCUUUUUUUUUUUUUUUUUACAAAAUCUACCUGUAAUCUGAUUACUUUGUUUUUUGACAUAACUGUAACAGAUUACAGUUGACAGUUUUUUGUAUCCCGAUUAUGUAUCAUCGUACUCUCCAAGCCUGUGUAAGCACACCUAGAAUGACCUUAGCUCAGCUAAGCUGAGGACUAGAAUUCUCUCUCAGAUAUAUGAAAUGGAAAUUUGUACUUUUUAUUAUUAUAGAAAACGUUUCCAUUAAAAAAUACAUGUUCAAAUAAAUAAAGUAGAAAAAUGCUGU